AUGCCGGGUCCGGUGGCCGGUAGCAAGUCCCGUGUGUAUGCAGACGUCAACACGCUGAAGACCCGGGAGUACUGGGACUAUGAGGCCCACGUCCCCAACUGGAAUAACCAGGAGGACUACCAGCUGGUGCGUAAGCUGGGCAGAGGAAAGUACAGUGAAGUCUUUGAGGCCAUCAACAUCACAAACAAUGAGAAGGUGGUGGUCAAGAUCUUGAAGCCGGUCAAGAAGAAGAAGAUCAAGCGUGAGAUCAAGAUCCUGGAGAACCUGCGAGGGGGGACCAACAUCAUCCGUCUAGUGGAUACUGUAAAAGACCCCGUGUCCAGAACUCCAGCGCUCGUCUUUGAAUGCAUCAAUAACACAGACUUCAAGGAGUUGUACCAGAAGUUGACCGAUUAUGAUAUCCGUUUCUAUAUGUAUGAACUACUGAAGGCUCUGGACUACUGUCACAGUAUGGGAAUCAUGCACCGUGAUGUCAAACCUCACAAUGUGAUGAUUGACCACCAGAUGAGAAAGCUACGACUUAUAGACUGGGGUUUGGCCGAGUUUUAUCAUCCUUCCCAGGAAUACAACGUCAGAGUGGCGUCGCGAUACUUCAAAGGUCCAGAACUCCUUGUGGACUAUCAGAUGUAUGAUUACAGUCUGGACAUGUGGAGCUUGGGCUGCAUGUUGGCCAGUAUGAUCUUUCAAAAAGAGCCUUUCUUCCACGGACAAGACAACUACGACCAGCUGGUGCGAAUCGCCAAGGUCCUGGGCACAGACGAGCUUUUCGGUUACCUGCGGAAAUACCACAUUGAACUGGACCCGCGUUUUAAAGACCUGCUGGGACAGCAGAGCAGGAAACGCUGGGAGCAGUUUGUGCAGACAGAGAACCAGCACCUGGUGAGUCCUGAAGCGCUCGACCUGCUGGACAAGCUGCUACGCUACGACCACCAACAGAGGCUGACCGCCACCGAGGCCAUGGACCACCCAUACUUCUACCCAGUCGUGAAGGAGCAGUCUCUGUCCAACUCUGACAACAACAUGGUUUCCAGUGGCAACACGACAGCGCGAUGAAACCAGGUAACCGCCGUGUCGCAGAUGUGGAAUCAGAAGGACGUUUGUUACCUCAACUUUGUACCCAGUUGUGACAGUAACUUUGACACGUGUACAGUGACGGUGGAUCAAAGUAAUUCUGACCAGUUGCAUACACACACACACACACACACGUGCACACACACUCCUCCUCUGUAUCGGUCUGUGUCAGUCUGGCUUUUCCUGAUUCUCCUGUCAAGCAGCCCGACCAAUGAGCUUGAAGCUGCCCCCCCAUCCUUCAGAUCCCCCCCAGCUCCUCACAUAGGUCAUUGAAGACAAAAUGACUUUUUAAAGACAUUUCGGUCCGUCUUUAUCCCUCCACCUGGACAUCGUCCCCUCUUUGUUUGCAUCAGCAUGGAGAACGAGCAGGGGCGUGAGCCUGAGCGAGACCCCGCCCACCUGUCUGUCUGACCCCGCCCCGCCGCCAUUUACCCAUCCUCAACAGACAGACGUCUUAGCACUACUCCAGUCCUGAAAGUGGCAUGGUGGACUCUAUAGAUAGAAUGAUGACGAUGAUGAUAAUAAUAUUAAUGAAAAAAUAAAUGAUUUUUAUUUAGUUGAACUCU